AGCCAAAUAAGAUAAUUCGCCGUAAAAGUGCUUUUAAAGAACAUGUACAGUGUUUAAGUUUAUUCGAAAGUAUUUUUUAUGGUUUUUUUACUGAUUAAAGUGAAGUAAAAAUGUUACGCUACGUUUUGUUUGGAUUAGUGUUGCAGCAGGCUUCAGGGGUCAUAUAUAAAUUGACGCCCCAGGAGUAUGACGCGCUGCCCAAACUGACGAAUGUAGACGAGUAUGUACCAUGCAUGAGCGUCCCUGGCGAUGCCUACUGCUUUGUCAGCGCUCAACUUCACGGGAAUCUGUCGGACCCCUUGUAUCAUACGUUGGUGGAAUAUUCAGCGAAUACCAUAACUCAUUUCGAUCACACUCACAUACGCCGUGGUAUUUGUCCAAAAAAAACCUGUGCACGCCACAUGCAUACGUCUACAAACUUGACCGAAGUGGUCGAAGCUUGCCUCAACGAAUCUCUGACCAGAGAUUAUAGUUUGACCGCCAAAAUAUUCGAAGCGUAUUGUGAGGACUACUCAAAAGAGUCGAAAUUGGACAGUGGGGAUUAUACAUUCGCGGUGGUCAUCUUGGUUUUACUAGGACUUAAUUUACUGGGGAGCUUUUACGACUUUUUCUGUGAAAAUGGGAAAAAUAAGUUGGUUGGCAAAUGUCUUCUGUGCUUCUCUGUGAGACGAAACUGGCAGCGCCUGGCCGCCCCCGGGAGUGCCAGCCCUAUGCAGCGACGGAUUAAAUCCAUCCACAGCUUCAGAACGAUCACUGCGCUCUUGGUCAUCCUCGGUCAUUCGCCUAUUCCCAGUAUUUUAGUAGGCGCAGACCCACAAUUUAUGGAAGAGACCUACCAUAACAUUCUAUUCCAUAUGUUAUACAACGGGACCCUGAUAGUCCAGACCUUCUUUAUGAUCUCUGGUUUUCUGAUGGCUUACAACAUGCUGUUGUCUGAACAGAAACGUCCACUGAGUUGGCUGAACCUACCUAAAGGUGUACUUUUGAGGUGGUUGAGAUUGACUCCACCCUAUGCCCUAGUGAUGUUUUUUGUUAUGACCUGGAUGAGGCAUUUGAGUGUGGGUCCUUUUUAUUUGAAAAGUGUAACGUCCGAAGCGGUCGCCUGCCACCGUGACUGGUGGCAACAUUUGCUGUAUAUACAUAACUAUAUCGACCACUCGCAGUGCAUGGCUCAUGCCUGGUAUUUGGGAGCCGAGUUCCAGCUCAGCAUACUUGGUCUGUCGGUCUUCUGUGUGCUGCACAGCAACAGGGUUCGGAAGAUGGCCAUCGGAGCAGUGGUGGUGGUGGGCCUCAUCACCCCCGCUGUCUACACCUACGUGCAUGACUUGCAUGCUAUUCUGAUCGUCUCCCCAGAAGUGGCAUUAAACUUCUUCGUGGAAGACCCGACGUUCAACAAUCUGUACAAGCGAGGGCACACCAAUCUCAUCUGCUACGGUCUCGGGCUGGCGAUGGCUUACGCUGUCUACAAUUUGAAGGAUAGUGACUUAGGAUCCAAGAGAUACAAGGCAUACCUGCCGCUGUACUGGUCGCUGUUCCCCCUCAUGCUGGUGAUCGUGCUGACUGGCUACGUAUUCUACAUCGACGGCAUCAUCAUACCAAUCGGCGUCCGCGUCGUCUACUCCAGCGCGAUCAAGUUCAUAUUCGGCUUUGCGACCGCAGUCUUCAUUUAUCUGACUAUUGUGAAAGUCGACAGAGCGUUCCGUGGGUUUCUAAACUGGGGCGGAUGGGCCCGCAUCUCCCGACUCACGUACUUCGCUUACUUGGUGCACAUCCCUAUUCUGCGCUUCGGCACCGGCAAUGUUGGUGUGUUGGUCCCUUUUGGCGUGUUUUGGAUUCUCACAAACUCGCUGUCAUGCAUCUGCAUGGCGUACGGUCUGGCAGUUCCUCUCUUCAUUAUGGUGGAGAGUCCACUGGCUGAGCUGGUCAAGGUCACCUUGGUGCCGCAAGCCAGGCCUGCAGCCUUGGAAGUCAAGGCCAGCAAGGAGACGGUUGAAAUCAAGCUUUAGCUGCUACCAAAGAUUUAUAGAAGAUAAGGCCCAGUAUGUUCGUGUUCUUCUCUCACUCUCACUAAGCGUAACCGUGAGCGAGAUGGAUGUACGUGCUCAGGCCCCGUAGACAACAUGCCAAUCGCUAACGCUCUGUAGCGAACGAAACGCAACUGUCACUGUCACAUUAAUAUGGAGGAGUGACAGAGAGGCACAAAGCGAUUCGAUGGCGAAGCGAUAGCGAUUGUCACCUUGGCUAGGAAGCGGACCGCGGUUAUCAUGUUUUUGAAUUUUAGUUUUUUGUGAUUUAAUAAUAAAAAUUGCUCAUUUUUAGUGUUCCGUGCAAAACUUUGUUUUGACAAACGGAACACUUAUGGGAUCACUUCGGUCUUGCAAAUCAUUUAAAUGCGUUUUUCUCAGAUACCGUUUCAGGUAUCUACCUAAAAUUUGAAACAGUUAUAGAAAUUACCACCACUAAUAUUGUAAAUAAGUCAAAGUCGCUUAUUUCUUAUUUUGGGGGGAAAUUUAGAGGGUUGAGAGGGGUAACCAGAUUAUUUAUUUUAUUUGUAAGAAUCGUGUCGGGUAAGAAGCUUAAUAUUCGUCUCUGUCCUGGGAAUUUUCGCAAAAAUUAUAGCUAACAGGCAGCUAACCAGCCAGUAACCAACUAAAACGAGCAUGAAGACGGCGGGAAAAUUAUCAGGAUAACCUUAACUUUACUAGUUUUUUGACUGCAGCCUGAUCUUAGGUUACUUAGGGAAUCAGUACUUGGUAACUCCGUACUUUAUAAUGGUUGACCUAUACCUUAAAAAAGCAACCUUAUACUAAUAGAAAUGUUUAAAUUUAGAACGGGAUUUUUCACAUAUUUAACUCAUUAAUAGUAAAUUUGGUUGUGGAAUUUAUAUGUGCAUAGAGUUACUAAGUCGUAGAUCCUUUUUCUUUCGUAAUAAUGUAAUAAUGGAAAAUAUGUAAAGAAGUAAACUCAAAUUUCCCUUUUGCAUAUUUGCAUUUAAAAUAAAUAUAAAUGUAUCCUUUUAGCUUUGUUUAGUUUCUUAAAACAUACGGA